AUGGGACAGUCUGCUUCUACAGCGCGAGAUCCACCCGACACUGGUUAUCCAGAUCAUCUCACGCCAUUCUCGGCAGAGCGCAACCCUGAUAUGAGGGAUGAAGACAUGAACAACGGACAGGCGGCUGAACAGAACGGAGGAGCGAGCUCCUCAUUUGGGGCGGAAAUACACUAUGAUCAUGACCAGGACAUGUCAUCGGGCCAAUCGUAUGAACAGUCGGAAAGCUGGCAGCAACCCACACGAUUUUCCGGCGGAUACUCGAAUCAGAUGCGGAGCAUCGAAGAAGAGAAUGAUCCUGAAUAUGAGCUUCCCGAUCGAGAGAUGCGCUCGGCAGCUAUUGCCCGCAUGGCGGCAAGAAGACAAUCCACCAUGUCAAGGCUAGGAUCCAGAAUACUACCGAAUUCAGUAAUCCGAGGUCUUCUCAAUAGCCAAGAGGAGACACCUGCAGAGGGUCACGCGCACCGCCAUGGACUGGUAUCAAGACCAACUCCAAGAUCCGAGACAGCUCACAGUAGCAGCCGGUUUAGCCCUUUCAGUGCUCUUGGAUCCAGAGGAGUCACCCGCCGACGUACCACUCGAGCACCUUACUUGAUUCCUCCUCGUGCGGAUCGUAGGGAUUCCAACGUCCUCUCAGAUGCUGCAACUGACUCAAUUAUCGAAUCUACCGCUCAACGGUUACCAGAGCCCGCUCGGACAUCUUGGCGUCGAAGUGCUCGCCUGCACCGCAUGCGACAUUCGUUGCCAACGCCUAUCUCUCACAUGUUCGGGCAGCCGCAGUCCGACAUGUCCUCAUCGCACGAAGAAUCAUCGCACCAAUCUGCGGGGCCGCCUUUCGACGAUAUUCUAUCAAAUCCCAUGGACACUCGCCUGGAUUUCGGUGAACCACUGCCCGAACUGGAUUCAGUGGAACGAGGAGCUCAGAAUGGCGGGCCACUAUCUUCAAAUCAGCCAACUCCUGGCUUAAUGGGGAUGCGCCGGCUGCCUGCUUUAAUGAGAGCACGAUCUGCCCGAUCAUUACGGCGAGAAGAACAGACUCCUCUUUCUCGAGUACUCCAACUUGCUGCAGCUGCCAUCGCGGCUCAGCUUUCUGGGUCCACUGGUCCUGCUCUGCCAAACAUACAAGCUCUUGGGAACGAUGGGCUAGAAGGCUCCCUUGAAAACUUCAUCCAGAGUCUGCAGCACGCCACAUCUGUACAGCCCCAGCCAACAGCGUCGGGAGAAGGAUCGAGUAAUCCGGCGCCCGAAGGGCCAUCGCCACCGGUCAAUUUCCUGAGAGUCUUCCGAUUUUCUAAUUCAGAGUCUCCGCUUGGCCCUAAUCCCGCAAAUCCAGCUAAUUCAUCCAACCCCAAUGCAUCCGGCCAGAGCACGAACGGAUCUGAGAAUCAAGGCACCCCAUCCGAUGGGAUGUCUGUUGAUGAGGCCCCAGAGGGGGCCGAGGGACGGACAGUCACAUUGGUUGUUGUCGGCGUCCGAUCAGUUCAAGCGGGUAAUGGAGGCAACGGGGGCAAUGGGGGCAAUGGAGGCAAUGGAGAGCAGGUUCCGCAAGGCCCUGGCGGUCCAGGGCUAGAUGCUCUUCUUGGACUGCCGUUCCUCCCGCCUAACGCUAUUCCGCGCCCCCCAGGUGCAACAGGCGAUCUGACACAGCGACCAGAUGGAAUUGGAGAAAUGAACCCUCCGCGUCCUGCAGUGCCCGGAUUCCGCCCAGCUGGCGUUCCAGAGCCUUUGCGACAGCCAGGUUUAAUACCUUCUCGGAGACUGUCUGAUGCCGGAACCCGUCCAGGGUAUUCAUCAUUCCCCUCUUCUGUCCUCUCCGAAAGUCCGCCUGGUCCUCACCCUCCCCCUUCGACACCCGCGGAACAUGGCAUGUCAGCUGUCUCCUCCGGCACCUCAACCCCGAGCCGCAGGCCUUCCUCCGCGUCGGCCAUGUCGCCAGGUACACUGCCAAACCUGCAUGAGGGAUAUCCUUUGCAACCGACAGUGGAACCUGCGGAAGAGCCAAUCCCACCCAGCGCUACUCGGCAACGGCGAAGAAGCGACUCCGAGUAUGCCCGUCAUCGUGCCCUCGGUUCAGGAUCCGUGCGUCGCAAUGGCAUGGUUGAACCUGACCAGCUACCUCCCAGUGGUGGCCGAAGCUGGUUGAUCUAUGUUGUGGGGACUAACUUAUCAGAGAAUCACCCGGCUCUUACAACCCCGAGUCUCUUCACUGAUAACCCCACAUAUGAGGAUAUGAUUCUGCUAUCGUCACUGCUAGGGCCUGCUAAGCCCCCCGUCGCCUCACAAAACGAUAUCAACUCGGCAGGCGGAUUGUUCCGGCUUGUCGAGUACUCUGGAUCUUUAGUUGCAGAAUCCGUGGAUGGCGCCGGCGCUAUUCAGAUUCAGGACGGAGAACGUUGUCUCAUCUGUCUGAGUGAUUAUGAAGUUGCCGAGGAAGUCCGAGAACUUGGCAAAUGCAAGCAUGUCUUCCACAAGGACUGCAUUGACCAGUGGUUGACUACCGGCCGCAAUUCCUGCCCACUCUGCCGUGGCCAAGGCGUCGUUGAAACCUCCAAUGACGAUAACGCCCCAGCACCUCGAGCUGCUCCUGAACUCGCUCCUGAACCUACUGCUAUCUAA